ACUCAACUCAUAUCUCUAAUCACUAAAACAUACCACAAAGAACAAACAUAAACAAAUGGCGGCUUAUCUAGAGCGAUGCGACAGUGUAGAAGAAGAUUACAUUGACAUGGAAGUAACUUCUUUCACAAACCUCGUACGCCAAACUCUGAACAACAACUACCCUCGAGAGUUCGAGUUCCAAAUGUCUCAUCUUUGUCCUCUCGAGAUAGACAAAACCACUUCUCCCGCAGACGAACUCUUCUACAAAGGCAAGCUUCUCCCUCUUCACUUACCUCCACGUCUCCAAAUGGUCCAAAAGAUUCUAGAAGAUUACACCUUCGACGAUGAAUUCUACAGCACUCCUUUAGCCACCGGAACGGUUACAACUCCGGUGACGAGCAACACUCCGUUCGAGUCCUGCACCGUCUCUCCGGCAGAGUCUUGCCAAGUGAGUAAAGAGCUUAACCCUGAAGACUAUUUCCUUGAAUAUCCAGACUCAUUGGGGGAGGAGGAUGAGAAGAAGAAACCUUGGACCACGAAACUGAGAUUGAUGAAGCAAUCAAGUCUUGGAACGAAGAUUAAAGCUUCGAGAGCGUAUCUUAGAUCUUUCUUUGGUAAAACAAGUUGUUCUGAUGAGUCAUCAUGCGCGUCUUCCGCUGCGAGAGUUGCAGACGAAGAUUCGGUUUUGAGGUAUUCGCGAGUGAAGCCUUUUGGACAAAUCAAAACAGAGAGACCUAAAAAACAGAGUAAUAGUUCUGUUUCCGGGAGCAAUAGGAGAUCGUUUUCAGUUUCUAUGAGGAGACAAGCUGCAAAGAGUUCAAACAACAAAACAUCGAAUAGUUUAGGGUUUCGUCCGCUGCAAUUUUUGAAGAGAAGUACGAGUUCGAGUUCUGAAAUUGAGAAUUCUAUCCAGGGAGCUAUCUUGCAUUGCAAGCAAUCACAGCAGCAGAAGCAGAAACAGUAUAGUGUUAAUGAGGUCGGAUUCUGUUCGUUGUCAGCUUCAAGAAUCGCAGCUAGGGAUGAUCAAGAACGGGCUCAGAUGUUUAGGGGCUAACUAAAGAUAUCGGACAUGAAGAAAUAUAAGAAGGAAAUAAGA